UGAGAGGGCGGGCAAGUCUCAUUCUGCAUACUCGAAUCACCUAUUGGAGUGUGUCAGGUAGCUAAAAACUGAACAGACUGGGGCAGUAGGCUACAACACGGAAGUCAAAGGUGGGAAAACUGAAGACGACCCUAAAGAGCAAUUUGUCUUGCAGUCCCUUAGCAUAUGAGGAAAACCAAACUGGCUCCAGAGGCAAUCGCAUAAAACAAAAUUGUUAGACUUUUGAUACCCUUGUAUAUGUCUUUCUUCGUCUUUCGUGACUUGUGGGAGUAGCGUAGCUCCCUGUCUCGCAGACUUCACAAGUUAUAUUUAGAGAUACGAGAACAACGCCAAUUACAGGAGCGACACAAUGGAAGCUAGAAACGAAAUACGGGGAUAUAACGCAGAUAACAACCGUGGACUACAGGGUGGAUACGGUGGGGCGCCUUCUUCAAAUCCCACUCAGGGUCAUUCUGAGACAUCAACCGUCCCAGCAACAACGCUCCCCGGAGAUUUCCCCAACGGAGGUGCAAAUACAGAAACCAAGGAGGAGUACAGCGUAAAUUCGGUCAACCGCCUUCUGAUGGAGUUUCUGAUGUAUUUAGGGAAGUCCUUCUUGUUCUUGUACCCAGUUUACCUGACGGGCUCACUCGGACUUAGCAUCAGCUGGAUUUUGUUGUUCCUAAUGAUGUGGACGUGGUGGCGGAGAAAUAGAAAACAUAAAGAUGUUCGGCUGGAUACAGCUAUCGACUUUUUGGAGAACGAGAGAACGAUGAUCAGCAAAGAAUUAAAGGCACUCAAUAUGCCAGCCUGGGUGCAAUUCCCUGAUGUGGAAAAGGCUGAUUGGCUCAACAAGAUCCUGCAGCAAGCAUGGCCGUUCUUCGGCAUGUACAUGGAGAAACUCCUGAAGGAGAACAUCCAGUCAUCCAUCAGGACAUCCAGCCCCCACCUCAAGACCUUCACCUUCACCAAGGUCCACUUCGGCCAGAAGCCCCUCCAGAUCACAGGGGUGAAGGUGUACACAGAAGAAGUGGAACAGAGAGAGGUCAUCCUAGACCUGAACCUGAGAUACGCGGGUGAUGUGGACAUUGACGCAGAAGUGAAGAAGCCCAUAACCGCCGGAGUGAAGGGACUCCUGCUUGAGGGAAUGCUGCGUGUGAUUCUGGAGCCAUUGGUUGGUCAGUCCCCUCUGGUGGGAGGGAUCACCAUGUUCUUUAUUCGCCGACCGAAACUGGAUAUUAACUGGACUGGAGUGACCAACCUGCUGGACUCUCCAGCACUGAGUCAACUUUCCGAAACGACCAUCGUGGACAUCAUCUCUUCCAUCAUGGUCCUGCCCAACCGUAUGUGCAUCCCACUGAUAGACCAGGUCAAGGUGGACCAGAUGAGGUUCCCUCUUCCCCGGGGGGUGGUGCGGGUUAACCUUCUGGAAGCGCAGGACCUGAUUGCCAAGGACUCCUUCAUGCUCGGGAUGGUGAAGGGCAAGUCGGAUCCAUACGCCAUCUUGCGGGUGGGCACCAGUCAUUUCCGCAGCAAGACUGUCAAGGAAAACCUGGACCCGCGCUGGAAUGAAGUGUAUGAGUUUGUGGUUCACGAGGCUCCUGGACAGGAACUGGAGGUGGAGCUGUUCGAUGAGGACACGGACAAGGACGACUUUCUUGGCAGGUUCAAUCUGGACCUUGGCGAUGUGAUGAAAGAGCGGAUUGUAGAUAAGUGGUACACCCUGGAUGAUGUAGAGAGCGGAAAGGUACAUCUGAACAUGCAGUGGCUGUCUCUGCUGGUGGACCCAGCAAAGCUUGUUGAGACCCAGAAUGGCUGUGCAUGUGCAAUGCUCGCUGUGUACCUGGAUAAUGCCACCAACCUGCCAAAAGACCAAAGUGAAUUCACUCACAAGGAUAGGACUGGAAAACCUCCCAAAGAAGCCAGGCUCACAAGGAGAAAUACUCACCCCAACUCCUUUGUGGAAUUUUCCAUCGAUAAACAAACCCAGAAGAGCAAGGUGGCAUAUGCCAAAGAUCCAGUGUGGGAGGAGUGCUUCACCUUCUUUGUGCACAGUGUGAAUAACCAGCAGCUCAAAGUCCAGGUUAAGGAGCCUGAGAAGAAGACACCUCUGGGAACGCUCUCCCUGCCCCUCACGCGCCUCCUCAACGCCUCCGACCUGACCCUGGACCAGCGCUUCCUGCUGGAGCGCUCGGGGGCCAACAGCCAGAUAAAGAUGAAGGCCACUCUCAGGAUCCUGCAGCUGGAGAAGCCGAAGCCCAAACCCGUGAAGAAGAGCCCACCUGCCGAAGCCAGGCCCCAGGCCCCGCCCCAGCAUAAUGCGAUAAGCUCCUCCUCCUCCGCCCCCUCCCACGCCGCGCUGGCCCCGCCCGGCGGGCUGCAGCCCGCCACCGCGAGGCCCGGCCCCAUUAAUGGGCUCCACCCCGAGUACUACUCCCCCCGCUUCCAGCCGGCCGGCACCCCGGAGAGCCGCACCCCGGCCCCCGGGACCCCCAUCCUGAGGGAAGGGUCCGUGCUGCGCCGCUACGACUCCCACAGCCUGCUCUCUGAGAACUCCCUCGCCUCGUCGCGGUUCGACCUGAGCGAGGGCGCCCCCUUCCCAGAGUCCAUUUUGAACCACCAGGGGAGUUUUGGGGAGAUCAGGAUGACGGUGAGGUACGCCACCCUGAAGAACCGGCUCAUUGUUGUGGUGGACUCGUGCAGGGGCCUGUUUCCUUGCAGUGAGAAUGGCUCAGAUGUCUACGUUCGGCUAUACCUCCUCCCCGACCAGUCGUGGAGGCACAGAAUGAGAACGCACGUGAAGAAGAAGACCGUGGAUCCCAUCUUCAAUGAGAAGUUUGAAUUUGACGUGCCGUUGGAGGAGGCAAAGAACAGGAAGUUGGAUGUGGCAGUCAAGAACAACCGAAUGUUCCAUUCUCGGGAACGCAAGGAUAUUGGAAUGGUGCUGGUGGACUUAGCCCAAGUGGAUCUGGCCAAAGGGUCUACGGAAUGGUAUGAGCUGAGUAUACCUGGACUAAAGAAAGUGAACUAGAAGGAAAAUUAAACUGAACUUGCCGAACUUGCAGGCUUCUUUCCUGAAACAGAUUCUGGAUUUCCACCUUAAUGUCCUACCUUAGUUUUUGUCCUGUUGAUCUUCCCCUCAUUUCUGAUGAGAACAUUAAAGAUUGCACUUGGUUCAGCAAGAGCCAGUCCAAGGAAUGAUGUUUAUCAAUCUGAAACAUCAAUACUGUAAUGUCAAACUUUUUGCCAAAUUCUGCUCUGACCUAAUUACCCCCCUUUCCUACAUUCAUAACAAGUGGUAAAUCAGACAUGAAGGUUGUAUUUUUUUAGAUAUUUUAUUAAUUACUUUUUAAAAAUUCAAAUUUAUACAUUUAUUCACAAAAUGAGCACAGAUCAAACCAGUGAAGCUGGUUGGAAACAGGAGGAUCUGUUUAUACACCCCCAACAACUUUGUAUAUAGAGCUAUGGUCCCUGGAGUAGAUUUCUCAAAUAUUUCUCCAGUCAUUAACCUAGUAAGACAGAUAUUGUCCUCACUUAUACUACUCCGUUGAAUAUGGUUUGCCAGCACAAAUGUUGCAGAUCUUUUCUGGAUUACCAUUGGUUGGACAGGGCUAAACAAUUCCAGGUGUCCAAGGGGAAGUUACAAACCUUUAAAAUUAACCUCCGAUAAUGUAUAAAUGAACAUUCCAGUUAGAAACAUUGACCAACUAAAUUUUGAGGUGGAGAAAUGGCUUUUAAUUCUAAAAGUCUUGAAAAUGCCCGGCUUUGGUGUCCAUCAUUGUGGGAUAAAUAAUUUUCUCAAAUUGUUGAGAGAAAAGAAUGGUAAUGUUUAUUUAUUAUGUAUGGGCAUGUGUGUGCUUUUUUAAGGAACACUUAAGUCUGCACAGCACAUAGAUUAUUAUUAUUACUUUUUUGUGUAAAACUCGUGGAUGUUUAAAUGUACAAAUAAUAUAUAUUUCUUUCAUUUUGUUAAUAUUUUGGUUUGACUAUCUAUUUUAAUAAAAUAUCUUUGUAAACUUUAAGAA